GGAGUGUCACUUGCAUGCUGCGCUUCCGAGGCCAGCCUCUACUUUUGAGCAGGUUUCAAAAGGUAGCGCUGAAGCCAUGGAAGCGCUGCUGACUUGCUUGCUCUCAGUCUGGGUGGUGUGGGAAGCACUUGGCAGCACCGUCCACCUCCACAAGGCAAAUAACCAGGAUGGCAGGUGCAUCUAUUCCUUCUCAGUCCCUAGUGCAAAUGAAGCCAGCUGUCCUAGCCUGGAUGAAACAGUGACAGCCAUCCAGGCUCUCCAGCGGGAGAGCAAUGCCCAGCGAGUGGAACUGGAGUCCGCCAGAGCAAGGCUCAGCCUUCUGGAGAAUCGGGUGGACCAGCUGCAUGGAAGCCAGGUGGCCAGGGGCUCCUCUCUUUCUGUGAUGGGAUUGCUUCGAAGAGAGGUGGAUAGCCUGAAGCGGGAACAAGCCCAGAGGGACACCCAAGUCAGCAAGCUGGAGUCUACAAUCAGCAACCUCCUCCAAGACAAAUCUGGUUUAGAAGAGGCUAAAAGGCAACUGGAGGACGAGAAGAAUGAGCUGGUAAGGAGGUUAGAGAACAGCAUCCAGGAAGUGGCUCAGCUAAGAACAAGGCAGUGUGCUGAGACCAGAGAGGGACCCAGCAGAGAUUCCCUGCAAGGUUCUCAAGAAGUGUCUAAGUGGGAUAUAGAGAGUCUGGACUACCAAGAGGUGAAAUCAGAACUAACAGAGGUUCCGGCAUCCCACCUUUUCCCAGAAAAUCCUUCAUCCAGCCUUCCUUCCAGUAUAGAAGCUGCAGAUACAGGAUGUGGAAUGCUGGUUUGGGUUGGUGAACCUGGGACCUUACGUAAGGCAGAGACCAUUGCUGGUAAGUAUGGUGUGUGGAUGAGGGAUCCAGAACCUGUGACUCCAUACACUCACGAGACAACUUGGAGAGUUGACACCGUUGGCACAGAUGUCCGCCAAGUCUUUGAGUAUGAGAAUGAAGACCAAUUUAUAAAGGGCUAUCCUUCAAAAGUUCAUGUAUUGCCUCGGUCCAUGGAGAGCACCGGAGCUGUUGUUUAUCGGGGCUCCCUAUAUUUCCAGCGCCGCAAGUCCAGAAUAUUGGCUAAGUACGACCUGAAGACUGAAGUCGUCGUGGUCCAAAAGGAACUGCGUAAUGCUGGCUACCAUGGACAGUUCCCCUACUCAUGGGGUGGGUACACAGACAUUGACCUAGCAGUUGAUGAGAAAGGGUUGUGGGUAAUUUACAGUACUCUAGAGGCCAAGGGAGCUAUGUUGCUUUCUAAAUUGGAACCAGAGACCCUUGAGAUUGAACAGACCUGGCAGACCAACAUUCGCAAGCAGUCAGUAGCCAACUCUUUCAUGAUUUGUGGCUCCCUGUACACCAUAAACAGCUACUCCUCACCAGAAGCCAGUGUGAAUUUUGUUUAUCACACCAGCACAGGCACCAGUGUACCCCUGAACAUCCGCUUUCAGAACCGCUACAGAUACAGCAGUAUGGUAGACUACAACCCAGCAGAGAAGAAACUCUUCGCUUGGGACAAUUUCAACAUGGUUGCCUAUGAUGUCAAACUUUCUAGCAUAUGAAGAAUUUGGAGAGGCAGGUGGUGUGGGAGGACAUGACAUAUUAGAAGGACCACCGACUAUCCACAUUAUCUACCUCCCUCCCACUGAUGAUGAACAUGUGGCAUAAAUCACCAGGAAGUUGUCUUAUGCAAGCCCUGUUGAAAUGAACACCACUUGUGCAAGAGCAGCAUGGUAACACUAGUGUUUGUGUUGGAGGACUUCCAUAUGUCAUUUCUGCCCAAAGCUCUCAUUCCAUGGCAUCUGCCGCAACAUGGCUAGGGUUGCUUUUUCACAUCUGUGUCUUUGCUAGCUAGGUAUUUUGGGGCAGGAGCACAAAGCAGUGCAUCUACCCACCUGAUAGAACUUUCACCCUGUCCUCUAAUGACCUACUGCUGGGGUUAGCCUUUAAGUCCGUUGUUCACAAGAAUGUUCCACUGGUAGCAAGCAUGGCUGUACUGAGUCGGAGGUAAAAGUAGUGUUUGAGAUAACAUUUUGCCCAACCAUGUUUUAAUAUAUGAAAGCCACCUAUUUAUAUUACAUUCACUUUAAAAUAUUCCUUCCAGUAUAUAUUAAGUGCACAAGAAUCAUCCUCAGAGAGCCAACAUGCAUAUCACAAACUACAGCCAUUAAAUAGCUUGAAAAGAGUCUUGGCGAGGAGCUACUUUGUUUUGGAGGAGGAGUGGGAAUGGGGAUGUUGGCUCCUUUCCCCUUUGCAGGGUCUGGGCCUAUGUUUGCAAGGUAAACAAGGGGCUAGAACACUGGUGGUAGUUAAGUGCAGGUGAAAGGGGUAGGGGUAGAGGAAAGUUACAGCAGUGGAAGGGUUAAGCAUUCCCUUCUCAGCAUUAAAAUUGUGCAGAACAGUAGGGAGCUUUGCAACAUUAUUCCAAAUAAACAAGUGUGCAUGAUA